CCAAAUCUGGCGAGGCGAUGCUGGCCGGCCGCGGCGACGGCGGCGGCCGCCGGCCUCGCGCCGUCUUCAUGGCCUUCGGCACCCAAGGCGAUGUCUUCCCCAUCGCGGCGCUUGCUGCAGCUUUUGCUCGUGACCAAGAGGACUAUGCAGUGGUGUUCAUCACUCAUUCAGCACACCGGAGUUUGUCAGGACAUCUAGCGGCCAGCAACGUUACAUACAUGCCUGUGUCAAGCCCACCUGUCCUUGCUGCCGAGCAGGUUGAGAAUAUCUCAUGUGAUUCUAUUCAAUCAAAUGAGGAGAAUGAGUCCUUUUCGAUGCGGAAAAAGGCCAUUCAGAUAGAGCACAUGAAAGAAUGUUUGUCUUCUGUGGAAGAAGUUUUUGGAAAUGAUACAAGCACUAAUGGGGAUUUUAUUGUGAUCAAUUUCUUUGCUUUGGAAGGUUGGCACCUUGCAGAAUUGUUCCAAGUUAAGUGCAUCGUUGCUGCUCCCUACUUCGUUCCAUAUAGUGCUCCAACAACGUUUGAACGCCAAUUUAAACAUAAUUUUCCUCUAUUGUACAAGUACUUCCAAGAAGCUCCCACAAACACGGUCUGCUGGAAGGACAUAAUCCACUGGAUGUGGGCGCUCUUCACAGAAAGUUGGGGAUCGUGGAGAGAGAAUUGUCUAAAUCUUAGCGCUAUUCCUUUCACAGAUCCAGUAACAAAUCUUCCGUUGUGGCAUGUGCGAGAGGAGUCACCACUGUUGUUGUAUGGUUUCAGCAAAGAAAUUGUCGAGUGCCCCGGAUAUUGGCCAUCCGGUGCUCAUGCUUGUGGCUUUUGGUUUCUUCCUAUGGCUUGGCAAUUUUCUUGUGACAAAUGCAUGGAGUUGUCUGGAAAUACUAAUCCUUCAUUUGGGGGUGUUUUGUGUGCAAACCAUUCUUCCCUGGAACACUUCCUCAUAGGGAAUUCUUAUUCAUCAGGACCUAUAUUUGUAGGAUUAAGUUCAAUUGGUAGCAUGGGUUUUCUUAGAAAUCCUAAAGCAUUUCUAAUGGUGCUUAAGGUUGCCAUAGAGUUGACAGACUACAGAUUCAUCCUCUUCUCAUCUGGAUACCAGCCAUUGGAUUCUGCAAUACAAGGUAUUGCUUCUUCAAUAACCAAAUCAAGUGAGGCGGAGACACCUUGUGAUGACAGCACUCUCCUUUUUAAUGGUCGGCUUUUCUGCUUUUCUGGAUCAAUACCAUACAGCUGGCUUUUUCCUAGAUGCACAGCUGCUAUUCACCACGCUGGCAGUGGGUCAACAGCUGCAGCACUACUUGCUGGAAUCCCACAGUUAGUGUGCCCUUUCCUGCUGGAUCAGUUUUAUUGGGCAGAGAGGCUACACUGGUUAGGAGUGGCACCUGAACCCCUACAGAGACAGCAUCUAAUCCCAAAUAAUGAUGAUGCCUUGAGUAUUCACAAUGCUGCAGAUGUGCUACUUGGAGCUAUCAGAUCAGCAUUAUCACCGGAAAUUAAAGCUCAGGCGACCAGAAUUGCUCAUAAGCUCUCUUAUGAGGACGGGGUUGGUGAAGCCAUCAAGAUCUUCAAGGAGAGAGUGUUGACUCAGAAUAAGACCUGAGCUGCGGUAACUGUGUGACAGUACAGAGCAGAACAAGAUGCAUGUAAAAUUACUGAUCAUGAACUCUUAGAAUUUGUGUCUGGGUCUGAACUCCUGACAAAUCUGCACUCCUGAAAAAUCUGAGCUGGAUUUUUAUGUUCCUUGAUUGGGGAAUGGAAAUAAUGAUGUCAUGAAGUAAUUGUAUGA